AUGAUCUUACUCGAAGCUUUAUUUAAUGUUUGUAAAAUACAUGAAUACAAAAAUUUUGAGGAGAUAUAUAAUGCUUCAAAUUAUUUAAUGAAUAAUAAUAAUAAAUAUAAUUUAUUAGAAUAUAUAAUUAAUAAAGGAAUUGAUAUAAAAAUAAAAAGACAAAUAAUUCAAUUAUUUUACUUUUUUGAUUAUAAAAUUGAGGAAGAAAGAGCUGAUGAAGAAGGAAUUAAUAAAAUUAUUAGAAUGAAGGAACUUGAUUCAAAAAUGUGUUUUUGGGCAGUUAAUGUUUAUUUAUUAAAUUUAUAUGCAUCUAUGGGUGGGGAAAAUAAUAAAGUUGAAAAAGUUCGAAAUAUGUUUUAUAAACAAACAAAAAUUGAUGUUAAACGGUUAUUGAGAGGAUUAUUACAAAAGUUUUGUUUUUUUUAA